AUGGCCGAUGAUUUCGACGAAACACUUAAUCGGUAGGUGGAAGUUUGGUUUAGAAUUAGUAAUUUGGAGACUUGAAAGACAGUUAUUUUAAUUUUUUUAUCAUUGGCAGGGGUAAAGUAGGGACUAAUAUAAAAAAUAAGGUCAGUUAUGGAAAAUUUUAGAGGGAUUAGGGCUAAAAUUUUAAAAAGAAUACAGUAAACCGAAAAUGAGGGCAAUACACUAAAGGAACCUCGUUUUAUUGUCCCAACUUUCGUUUUGUCCCAAAAGUUGUAGUCCUAAAUGACAGCGUACGCUUAUUUAACAAAGAUUUGUAAGAAAGAAUGACUAAAAUAAAGCGGAUGAUGACAAAGGAAAAAGACAGGAUUAGAACCCAUUUUCGAGUAGAUACUACUAUGAUCUAGCAAAAAAUAGAAUUACCUAGAGUAUACAAUCUCAAAAUGGUUAAGAAUUAGAUAUUUAGUACCAAAGUAGCGACAAAAGACCAUUUUUGGCUUGAAAGCACGCCAAAAUUCGAAAAUAAGACUUUGCAACUUUUUAAAAAUGACGUCUAAGCUUAUAACAGUACAAUAACAUAUAAUAAACCUUUUAAAAGCAUCCAGUCCAGUCCAAAGCCCCGCCAGCUAGCCUAAAACCCUGAAAAACCAAGCGAAAGACCUAAAAAACCGGCGAAAAAGUGAAAAAAUCGCAAAAUUCCCUACGUUCCUACCGUUUUUCGAGCGAGUUGGCGCGGCCCCGUCGGCUAGCCAACUAAAAGUCCUAGUCUAGGCAAACAGCAACCACACCCUGAACACAACAGACCAGCAUUCUGUUCUCCACCCAGCUCUCUCAAAUUCUACGACGACGUUAUACGGAGGGUGGGAGGGUUUUUCGAAAACGGGGCGGGGUUUUCGGCCUUCCAUCAACCCUCCCCCUCCCCGUAUACCGGCUUCAACAAUCCCCGCCAUUCCACCACGGCUUGUAGUCAGUUGCGUUGGGCGUGGCCAUCGCGUCCCGUCUCGUCCCCUCAAUUUUCCUUCUUCCCGUGCGUUAAGCGACAACGAAGAGAGCGUGCGGAUUGGAGAGAACGUUGGAAAGAGGGCGUGGAUUCGGGAGACAACAAACAUCACACCGCCGUGAGAUAGAGGGCAAAAGCCGGACGGUUUUAGGCAGGGUGGAAAGCGGCGGGGAAUUUGUUUCACAACCAAACAAACUGAGUAAACACUACAAUCUCUAGCUCCUCCCUCUCGAUAUUACAAGUGUAUGCUUGUGCUUUAACGUUGUGUUCUGCUUCUUUGGGUCUCGUUGACUGUAUGUUUUCUUCUUUGUGUCUGCCUAACUGUAGCGGAUUUCCUUUUAUCUCGUUUACUUUAGUGUCUUUUUUCUUUCCAUCUUCUUUACUGUACUCUCUUUUCUUUUUAUGCUGUUUACUGUAGUCUAUCAAACGUAUUGUCUUCAUGUCCGUAAAGUAUUUCAGUUCCUAUCUUUUCUUCUCAGCGCCACAUCUUGAUUUGUGCAUGAUAUCUACGGAAUAUCGUUAUGUCUACACAAUAUCUUAUGUCUACAGAAUCUCGACGUCUACAACUGUUGCUAUUGUGCACGACCUCCACGCCGCCGUGUUGUUGACCGUUGGACUCUUGUCGCGCUGUUCGCACGCAUCACGCUCUCAAUGACGAUUGUCUAUGGGUUCAUUGUUCUUUGGACGUUUGACGUUCUGUUUGUGCUUUGCCCUCUCUCGAUUUUGCCUUGUAUUUUGUUGGUCUCUAUCUAUUUUCUCGAUAUUUUGAACCUCUAUCAAUUUGCCUUAUAUUUUGUAGUUGUCUAGCAAUUUGUUCUAUAUUAUAGUAGUUUGAUAGCUUUUUGCACUGUAAUUUUUGAUUUUUCAAUAUAUCGGUUGCCUUUGUUAUUUCUGAUUAAGUGAAUGUUCAACCCUAAUGUUUUAAGUAUUUUUAACUUGAUUUUAGUCUUCUUUUCAAUUUUAUAUUAGACUUGUUAGUUUUGUCGUCAUUUCCAUCCUUUGUCACCACUUUUUAUAACCAAAAAUUAUUUUUUCCACCAAAUAUUUUUUGCAUUUUUAAUUCCCUAAAAAUCCGUUCCUCACUCUUCCUACGUUCCUUCAACGCAUUUUUCUAUCGCCUUAUGGCAAAGUGGGGCGGGGAGAACAAAAUCCCCCACCGACAAGGGGCGCAAGUCCCCAGCAGACGUUGAACUAAUGGGGACAAAAUGAGAGCACUCGCAUCGAAUACAUGACAAGGCAUUAUUUAUUAUAAAAACAUGCGAUGGGCGGAGUUUGGAUUCCCGAAUGGGUUUCGCAAAAAAAAGACUAGCAACAUGAGCGAGGCGAGGGUGUAGAAACAGUAAGGAGGAGUAGAAAAGCAACAAUGAAAGCAGAAAUGAGUAGGAAAAAAAGAAAAAAAAUUUAGGGUGCCAGAAUAAUGACAAAAGUUUAUGACACAAUAGUUUAUGACAAAAAAACAACAUCGCCAAAAUAUUUGUAACUAAGCCUAAAGGAGAUGCAUAAGCCUAAAAUUACGUUUCUAAGGCUAAAAUAUGUGCUUAAGCCUAAAAUUAUGUACCUAAGCCUAAUAUUAUGUGUCUAAGCCUGAAGGAGACGCAUAAGCCUAAAAUUUGUACCUAAGCCUAAACUAUGCUCUUAAGCCUAAAACUAUAUACCAAAGCCUAAAGUAAGUAGUAUAAUAUAAUGAGUACAGGACAAAAACGAAAGGCUGACACACAUAAUAUAAUGAUAAAGACUGAUAUUUGAAAAACAAAGAAGAAUCACAAAAUGACGUUAAAGAGAAGCGCAAUGGCCCUGAUUUUUUGCAUAAAUUAAUAUAAUUUGCAUUUUUUACCUCUAAUUGAUUUAGACUCCAACACAAAACACAUCAAACAUGGUUAUAAAACUGAAUUUUCAAUAUUUACAGAAAAAGUUUAAAUUUUAAAAUUUUAAAAAAUUUUAAAAAAUAAAAAAGCGCAAUAUGAAAGACCCUAUAAGCCAAGCGGUAACACUAUAUCGCAUCAUAUCGUUGAGACUAAUACUCAAAAUAGCACAAAGACCUUUAAAGUUGAUUCACAAAUUGAAUUCCGAAUUCGAAACGAAAUUUCCCUUAAAUUUAGUUUGAUUCACCAUUUUCGAACAUUAUGAUAAUAUAUCGAUCUGGUUUGGUUUAUGAAACCCCGCAUAGACAGUUAAAACUCAAAAAAGCAGUAACUUCUCAGUUAUCAUUGACCAAAGUUUUGUUUUAAAUAUUACUUAUGUCAGACUUAGAAUGCCUAAUCUAACACUAACUUAUACCCAUACAAUACCUAUAUCAAAAACCCUAUUUCAGAGACUGGUUCAACGAUGACGACGAUGAAAUCCCCAAGGCUUCACCGUCACACCACAUGUUCCAGGAGGACCCGUUCGCCCAGCCCGGAUACCAGAACGGCGGCCAACUCAACGUUCCUCCCAGCGAGCAAGGCGAAUUCGACUUGGUCGUGCCGGUCGAAGCCGAAUGUGGCAGUGUCAGCGGUCAACGCUACAAUCAGUCGGGGAGUUAUGAACCACCUCACGACAAUAUUAUCCAUCAAAGUCAGCCGUCCACCUCGAAUCAACAGAGUUACGAAGUGAACGGUGUGCAAUAUAUUCAACAACCAGUCUCAUCACAACAAUACACGGGUCCGGACCAAGGCCAGGUCCAGUAUUAUCAGCAAGGUCAGUUCGAUCAACAAUGGGAUCAGCAGGGCUCAUAUCAAGUUCAAUACCUCGACGAACAGUCAAAUCAAGGCGAACCGGUGCGCCAGCCAGGGCAACAGGGUCAGUACAUGAACAAUAUACGGGUAAAUCAAGGUGAGUCAAUUUUUUAAUGCUAAUUAAAAAAUAAAUGAUAAUUUCAGUAAAUAAGAGAAAAAUAUAGUAAUUUUCCAAAAUUAGGUAACAAACUAAAAUUUUCAGGCCAACAGGUACAGCAGAUGCAGCAACAAGGUCAAAUUCCUCCCGGUCAAGUAGCACAACAGCUAGUCAUGCCAGACGGAAAAGUGGUACUAGUUUUAACACAGAACCAAGAUCCACAACAACCGACUGGUCAAUUCAUACAACAACAAAUUGCCACAUCGAAUGCUCAAAUGCAAGGUCAGAAUGUGGUUAUGGUGAAGAAUGGGCAACAACAGCCUUUGAGGAUAGUUCAACAGAAUCCUGGUGAACAAGGAGAUCAGUCUGGAACCCAAUCGGUAAGAUAAAUAGCUUGCUAACUAAGUUUUGUCGCUUAAUUACUAUUUUUUCGCUUGGUAACUAACUUGUUAACAAAAACAUAGUUUUAUUACAAUUUUUUAACUCUAAAUUAUUUUUUUUCAUUGUAGAAGCCUGAAACGCCAAACAAACAAAAGCCGAAGCCUAAAAAGCCGACGAAAAAGCAGCAGGGUCAACAGCAAAAUCAAUUCCAGGCGAAUCAGCAAGGAAUGAGUCAAGUCGUACAAGGUCAACCAGGCCAGGUAAUCCAAGGACAGCCAGGUCAAGUAAUCCAAGGCCAACCUGGCCAAGUAGUCCAAGGUCACGUUCAAAAUCAGUACCAACAGCCCAUGGUGAUACGACAACAAGCACCAAUGCAAGGCGGUAUGUCACCAAACAAAAAUCGUCGGCCCAACCAACGACAAAUCAUUCAACCGAGUGGACAAGUUAUCGUUAGCCAGUCUGGUCCACCAGGUCAAAUGAUGGUCAGCCAGUCAGGUCAAGUCAUUCAACAAGGCCAGGUCAUACAGCAAGGCCAAAUGGGAGGACAGAUGGUGAUAAAUCAACAAGGUCAACGACAAGUUGUGGUAACUCAGCAAGGCCCACAAGUUGUACAACAAUACCCUGGUGGUCAAGUUGUUCAUCAACAGGUUCAAAUGAUGCCUCAGCAAAUGAUUCAACAGAUUGUAGUGCCGACCAAAGACGAUAUCAUGUUGAAGAUGAUGUCGUUGACGUCAGUUCGGUUUAGCACGCCUGAGCAAUCAUCUGAAUUUGGAUCUGUUAUGACAGAGAUUGUUGGUCUACCUGAUGUAAGUUGUUUAUUAUCUAAAUUAAGAAGAAAUAUAUAAAGGUUUACCUUUUUGAAUGAAAAAACAGUCGUAAAAUGAUCCGUUGUUACCUAAAUUCCAAAAAACGGUUAAAAACAUACCAUUUUGUAUCGAGUGUUACCUAAAAUUUUAAAAAAUAAUAAAAACAAACCAAAAUUUUAGAAUGCCGCUCCAGAGAAGCUGAUCGAGGUUUCGAAUCGUUUGGACGCAUUGAUUGCCCAAGCUGAGAAAGAAACGGCAGAUUCCAAGUCUCAACAGCAGAAGAGUAAGGAACCGAAGCCAAAACCGCCUCGAAAGAAGCCUCCACCAAAGCAACAGCAGCCUCAGCAAGUACAAUAUCAAGCCGGUCCGUCGAAUUCGCAGCCAAUUCAACGGCAAAUUCAGCGUCAAGAUGUUCAUUAUCAAUCUCAACCUCCAUUCCCUCAACAAAUCCAACAGCCACAGCAGCAGGUGAGUUAAAUUGGAUCUAUAACAUAAUGUAGUGAAUAUUAUUGUAAUUUUGGUCAAAAAAGUAUAUGACUCUGCUUCUGGAGCCAAAGGAACAUCAAGUUUUACCUAAUUUCCAUAAAAUUUGGAGAAAAAAUUUUGUUUGGAAGUGUCAAGUUUUACUUUGUAACAGAUGUCCCAAUUAAAAAUUAUUUUUGAAGUUUUUUUGAAUAAUAUGCAGACUUUUAGAAUGCUGGAAAGAAGCCUCGAUCAAAACGAUUGACCAAAAAGCAGCAGCAAGAGCUGGAACGUCAACAACAGCUACAGCAUGAUUCACAAGGUCGGCCGGUUUAUGUCGUCCAAAAUCCACAAGGUAAGGUUUUAUAUUAGCUCGGUUAUAAAAUAUUACAGUUUUUAUUAUUUAAAACUAUUAUAUUACUUUUAUUUUUAAGCCUAAAGACAAAAAAUAAUGCAAAAUGUAUUAAACAUUUACUUUUAGGUAUAAUUUAAUGUUAUCAAACAAUUUUUUUAAAAUUUCAGGUCAAAUGUAUGCCCAGAAUGGGCAGCAAAUGGUCUUCCAAUACUAUCCAGGUCAGGGUCCACCUCCAGGCAUGCCGCUACCGGCUCAGCCAUCGCCAAUUAAGGCACCGCCCGUUGUUUUGCCAAGCCCCAAGGAACUGGCUGCUAUGGUCAAAAAGAAGAUGGAUCAACGGAAGAACAAGUAUGUUAUUGUCUCUGUUAGAAGGCUUAAUGUUGUUUCUAAAGAGCUGUAGUUAUAGUUUUGAUUUACAGUGUUAUAUAUACAUCAUUUUCAGAGUGACAAGAUUCUUCAAUCUGAUGAGGAAAAGUUUGAACGAAACAGACUAUAUUACUCCAUUCAAGGACUUACCGGAUAUUAUGGACCGAUUACUGCCAUUUACUCUAGUAGAUGAACCGGAACAUAGCAAAGAGCAUCUGGAAAAGGUGGAUCGAGAGCUGCUUCGUCACGAUACCUACAUGCACAAUGGUAUGAAGAGGAUUGAAGACAAAAUGAGGACAAUCUUGAUGAAUGAAGCGUUGGGAGACAAGGAACACAGUAAUGAGAUUAACAUGCUGCUGUACUUGGAUUCAGAAUACGAACGACGGCUGUUUGAGAACGAUAAACAAGAAGCCAAACGUGAUUUAGAAGGUUUUCUUCGAGAAUCAGAAGUCGUCUUCUCUGGGGCAGAUUUGGACGAGAUUAUUGAGAAGAAAAAGGCGUUUGAAGCUCGCAAAUCCGAGUACAAAACUCCAAAUCAGUACGAGUACAAUGAGUUUGAUGAAAACGCUUUUGUUCAUCCGCCAACGCGCUCGCCGACGCCAAAGAUUGAGAAGAAAAAAUCGGAAAAACGGCCGAAACGAUCACAAUUUGGCUACGGAUACGAUUCGGACGACGAUGAUGAGGACGAAGAUUCUGAAUCAGAAGAAGAAACCCAACAGAAUGCGGCUUCAAGUUCGGACGAAUCUGAAGAUCAAACUUCUGAUUUUGAGACGAAGGAUGACGGCAUGGUUAAUAUGGGAGCGAAACAGAGAGAUGUUGAGAUCAUUGGGGGUGAUGACUUGGAUAAGAGUGGAAACGGUAAGAUUUUAGUAAAAUUUGAAAAAAUAUGCAUAAAAAUUGAGUUUUAAAAAUUUUAUAAUUGGCAAAUAAAUAUUUUUUUAUUUUCAGACGAUACCACUUACCCAUUUGCGAAUGAAAUGGAAAAUCCACCUGAAAUGGACUUUGGUACCCAACAAUUCAUGUCCCAAAACCAGAUUCCAGUCCCGGAAAUGGUACAGUUUGGACAAAUGAAUCAGCAAACAAGUUCGAUUCCCAAUAAUCAACUUCAAGCUGAGCUCCAAGCCGACCACGAACAAUUGGCACAUGUUCAACGUGAAAUCGAAGAGAUUAAGCAAAUGGAAAGCCAAUUUGCUCAGCCAUUCCAUCCAUCACCAAAUCUAGCCCAGUUAAAUCAGCAUCCGCUGAGCUCUCAGAAUCAGCAUCCUCUGAGCACUCAGAAUCAGCACCCACUUAGCCAGCAUUCAAUUCAUGCUCCUACACCGCCCAGUAGAAGUCAUAUCAAAACUCCAGGAAGCCAAAAUGUUAAUACCCCGCCUGGUUCUUCUGGUUUAGCACACUAUCCAUUAUCCGUUGGAAAGCCUGGAUCAGCCAGUCAAGGGUAUCCAUCUAGUGUUGGCCACAUGAGUCAAAUCAACCGACCAGGAUCGGUGAAUCUAGCUGGCCAAAUGGGACAGAUAGGACAAAACCAACUAGGACAAUCUCAAAUGACUCAAAUCGGUACAAGUCAGAUAGGUCAACUGGGAUCAGCAGGCCAAAUGGCAUCACAUAUGAACCAGAUGUCUCAUUCAGGACAACUAAUGGGCGCAGGAAUGCAAACUCACAUGGGAAUGAGCUCUAUGAACCAAAUGAAUGUACCAACCAGUCAAAUGAGUAUGAACAAUCAAAUGGGAAUCAUGAGCGGAGUAGGUAUGCACAUGGGACAACCGGCAUCUCAACAUCAGCCCCAUAUAUCUCAGAGCUCACAGCAUCAGAAUCAUAUAUCUCAAAUGAAUCAAAGUCAACAUGGAAGGCCUGGCCAACUUCAUCAUCCUAGCCAGUUGAAGUCAAGACCAAAUGACAGUUUUAACAGUCAGUCGAGCCAAAAUUCGAUGAAUCAAUCCAAUCAAAGCUUUGGAAUGAAUGACAGUAUGAAUAGGAUGCAAAUGAGCGGCCAACUAGGCGAGAAUCUAAGCCAAAAUAUUGGUAUGGAUCAACAAAACUCAUCGUUAAACCAAGGCUUAAAUCAAGGAUUGAACCAGAACCUAAGCCAAUCUCAGAACCAACCAUUCCAAAAACGGCGAAACUUCCCCGACGUUCCAGAUGACCUUAUGAACAUUGAGACAUUCUUCGAUUCAGGCCCAUUAAUGGACCAAAACGGCUCGUUCGAACGAAAUCAACAACUUCAGAAUCAAUUAGCACUUCAGCAACGUCAAGAAGCCGAGAAACGUGCCAAGUUGGAGCAGGAGAAACUACAAGCUCAGUUAGAGCAAGAGAAACGUCAACAAGCUCAUGAUCAGUUUCUGAAAAAGCAGCUGGUACAAGCUCGAUUGAAAGAAGCAGAAAAGCGGAAGCAAGAAGCAGCAUUGGCUAGCCAAAAAGCAGAAGCCGACCGAAUUGCGCGAGACAAAGCCGAAGCUUUGGCCAAGGAAAAGGCGGAGAAAGAAAGAAUGGCACAUCAAAAGGCUGAAAUGGAGAGAAUAACACAAAAAGCGGAGAUGGAACGAAUGGCAAAGCAAGCCGAGAUCGACAGAAUGGCACAAAAGGCCGAAAUGGAAAGGCUAGUCCAGCAAAAAUCCGAAAUGGAACGUUUGGCUAAGCAAAAGCUGGAAAUGGAACGCCAAAAAGAAAUGGAAAAAAUGGCUAGCCAAAAGGCCGAACAAGACCGUCUUUCAAAACAAAAGUCGGAAAUGGAACGCCUGAACAGCUACACCAACAUGAUCAGUUCCAUGGCUAGCCAAGGCGGCUUAAUAAACCCGAAUAUGAAUUGGCAGAUGCUCCAACGACUUCAAGCCGAACAACAACGUCUAGCUGAAGCGAAAAAGGAAGAACAGCUGCCUCGUGAUCUCCUGAACCAGUCUAAACGCUUAGAGAACGUUCAGAAGCAACGGCUACAAAACGUGAAUCCAAUGGCUGGCUUGCUGGAUUCGAAGAAGGAUCUAGGUCAGAUAGGCAAGAAAGACAGCUUUGGUUUGGGCGAUAAACUUGGCAUGAGCAUGUUUGGUAAUAACAAAGUCAUGGAACAAUUAGCUAGCCAGAAUAAUAACAAAAUGAUGGAACAGUUAGCUAACCAGAACAAUAAUAAGAUGAUGGAACAAUUAGCUAGCCAAAUGGGAGCCAAUUCAGGACUAGUAAACUUUCUGAACAAUGUCAACACAGCGCAGCUAAAUGAAUUCCAAGCCAACUUUUUGAAGAAGCAGCAAGAUUUGGAGCAGGCUAGAAAACAACUUGGUCAAGGGCUAAACCAGGCCAAAGAUUCAGCUAGUUUAAACCAAGAAUCUCGCAAAAAUUCAUCGUCAAACAAGCUAGGCCAACAUAUGGGCAUUGGACAGUCAGCUUUGAAUUUGUCAUCAAACCCAAUGACGAAGGCCCAAAAACCGGCCGAUAUCUUUGGUAAUCAACAAACUCAAGCCCAAGCCAGUUUCGCCGCUCUACAACAACAUCUGAAAGCUAACGUCAAUGACAAGGAGCAGAAAGAUACCAGACAGACCAGCAUUAAAGGCCUCAAGUUAGUACCAGCUAGCCAGCAGAAGCAAGAACCACCCAAAUCUCCAAGACUCCAAACCGCCAAUAUUGAUAUAUUGAGGAAGAUUCCAAAGAUCACUCAACCUUCAAAACCACAAGAUACGAACCCACUGAACAUUCCUAUGACCAACAGUAAACUUAAAACGGCAGUCGAAGGGAUGCGCAAGAGCACCGCGCCUACUGUCGAAAUGUCAUCGCUUGGCUAUGUUAGAAAUCAACCAGUUGGUACGGCCGAUAAGAACAAGUUUUCGGCCAAUUUGGAGAAGAACACGGCACAACCUAGCGUUCCGAGGGCUUCUGAUCCUAGUAGAGUAGAGCCAAAAAGCGAAGUUAAUGAAAGUACCACGGUAAGUUUUCGAGUGAUUUUUUUAAUUUUUAAACUGAAAUUAUAAAAUAUUUAAAGCCUUUAUGAAAAAAUAGCUAUAAUAAUAUAAAAACAAGCCUAAAACUUUCUAUUUCCAGAGCUCAACCUCACAAAUGCCUCUAAAAUGGCGUAUGAAGCGAGAAAGAACCGGUGCAGCCCUACCAGCCGUCACCCCAAGCCCAGUCAAAGCUCCAGAACUCCCCAAACUCUCUCUGAAGCUCAAGAUUCCAAUACCCAAAAAGGACGAAGAUGCCGAAAGAAAAGAGAAGAAGAAACAAAAGAAAGAAGAGAAAAAGAAGCACAAGGAAGAAAAGAAAUCAAAGAAGAAGAAAAAGAAGGACGACUAUGGAAUGGAGCCAGAAUACGAGGAUUCUGGAAAUCAACCAGGACCUUCGAAUUGGGACGGUAGUCAGGGAAGAGCAAUCACCCCAGUUCAGGCUAACGGGCUGAAGUUGAAGAUACGUUUCGGCCCAAAAACUGAAACGCCAGCUAAUGAAAGUGGAAUGAAUCAGCCUGCUAUGGUUUCACAAAGUCAGCCAGUUGGUUUGGGAACAAAUGCCACUUUUGGUACAAACAGUUUGCCUCAAAAGUUUGGUGGAACCCAGCCAAGGAACAUUUUCGAGCCAGAAGCCAAGUCAACCUUGAAUUUGAGUCAACAGGUGGAUAAGCCAAAGACAGAAGGCCUAAAAUUGAAGUUAAACAUGUCUGGACUAAAUAAGACUGCACCUUCACAGAAUUUUUCACAUGGCAAUUCAACGACAACUGGAGUAAACUUGACGAAUAUGUCUGGCCUGAACAUGUCAAAAGAAGAACCAAUCAAGCCGUUGAAGAUGAAGAUCAAGCUUCCAAAGCCCGAAAAACUACCGGACCUGGAAGAAGAAGGACCACCAGAGCUAGAAGCCCAAAAAGUACCAAAAUUAACUCUAAAACUAAGCAGAAAGGAGCCCUCGCCUCCAGAAGACGAAGAUGAACCAAGAAAAAAGAAGAAGAAACACAAGAAGCACAAGAGACAAAGAUCACGAUCACCUUCUGAUGAAAACGAACGGCCGGAGAAGAUACCCAGAAUCAAGAUCAAGGCGCUACAGCCUCCUCCAGAACCGAAAAAAGCCGAGAAUCCGGCACCGUCGACCAGCUUGAAUCCAUUUGCUGUUGAAACCGCUACGCCGCAGUUUAGCGACGUUGAAGGUAAGGGUUUUAUACCUAAAUUUAUAAGGAUAAUAUACAUAAAUAUUUAAAAAAUCGAUACCAAGCUAUAGAUUUACGUUUUUAACAAAUAAAAUUUAGUUUUUUCAAGCUAACUAAUGUUGUUUUAGACUACUCUGAUGAUGAAAGACUUUGCCAUCUCUCCAGUAAACUGUUGACAAAACUGAAGUAG